UUGUAGAGGCGUGAGUGUGUAUUUCCUUUGCUUGGAUAUUUUUUGCAGCUAGCUAACAAGCUCAGCUGCACUGCCUGUGUCUUAGCUAGUACCUAGCUACUUUUAAAUUUCAUCAGGCAUUUUGUUGUGUUGCUGACUGUUGAAUUCUUGAGAGGCAUCCAUUUUGUGGCGAGAACAUGGCUGAUUUCUCGCUGGCAGAUGCCAUUUCGGAUGAUGUCCCAGAUCAAGCUAGAAAAAUGGGAAACACCAACCCAUCUGCCCCCGGCAACGGUGCUCCUCCUGCUACUAAUCCAGGGUGGCCUGGUGCUGCCCCUGGAGCUCCUACCCAACCCUCUGCUCCUGGAGGGUUUCCUGGGGGACCACCCAUGUCCGGUCCAGGGGCUCCAGGACAGUACCCUGGAAGCCAGGGACCCUUUCCCUCAGGCCCUGGAGCACCAGGCCAGUACCCUGGAGCGCCCUCUGCCCCCAGUGGGUUUCCCCCAGGCCCAGGGAUACCUGGACAGUAUCCAUCAGGACCAGGGGCUCCCGGACAGUUUCCCUCAGGCCCUGGAGCCCCAGGACAGUUCCCUGGGCAGUACCCCCCUGGAGGAGACCCUGGACAGUUCCCAGGAAUGCCAUACCCUUCUGGAGUCCCAGGGCCAUUCCCCUCCAGCCCAGGUGCCCCCCCAGGGCCAGGCUGGCCUCAGCCUGGUGGUGGGAUGUAUGGACCGGGGGGCCCAGGAGUCUUCCCCCCUGCAGCUGGCCCAGGUGCCUUCCCAGCUUUCCCAGGUGGAGCCUUUCCCCCGGUCCCUCCUGGCUCGUGGGGCCCCCCAGGUGGGGCAGGCUUCCCCCCCCAGCCCGGUCACCCUGGAUCGUUUGGGCCGGGGCCUAUGGGGCCGUAUGGAGGACCUUCUGCGCCGGGAGGCAUGCUGAUGGUGCCACAUAACCUCCCUCUUCAUGCUGGUAUUUUGCCCAAUCUGAUGAUCACAGUGGUGGGGGAACCCAUGCCUGGAGCUGACAGGUUCCAUAUUGACUUCAUCAAAGGUGAAGACGUAGUCUUCCACUUUAAUCCUCGGUUUCAUGAGCAAACUGUGGUCCGGAACUCCAAUCUGGAUGGUUGCUGGGGUCCUGAGGAGAGGGACGGGGGGUUCCCCUUCGUCCCAGGAAGGCGCUUUGAGAUCAAGAUCCUGGUGGAGGAGGACUCGUUCAAAGUAGCCGUGGACGAGAACCAUCUGCUGGAGUUCGAACACAGAGAUGAGGAUUUUGAGGACGUGACUCUGCUAAGAGUGGUUGGGGAUGUCAAUCUGUACACUGUGGCUCCAAGCAUGAUCGAUGUGUGAGAGGAGAGGUCCAGCUCAACACUCUGACUGAAACACUGCUGGUCCCAUAGAGCAGGCAAUUUAUCUUUAUUUGGUAGAGGUCAAGGUUUUUGGGGGUCACUUUCAAAUAUGUGUAUGUCAUGGCUAUCUAUACCUUUUAGCAGGCAAGCGAUGACACAUGCUAUGGAAAACAUGUUAACAGAAAAGAUGUAGGCUACUAAAAAGGGGGGGAAAUAAAAUACUUGAUGCUGCAUGAUGUUAUAAGUCAAGACAACUAAUAGUCCUAAACAUUUCCCUUACACAUUAUAUAUAUAUAGUAGUUAUUUUGCAUUUGGCUUUCUGUCUAGUUCCUACACCCACUCAUUGUUUUCUCUACAAUCCCUGAAUUAAUAAUGUUUUAUAUUUAUGAUGCAUGUGUGUUCAUGGACACAACAUAAUGUAACAUAAUCUACUUUAAGUUUGGCACAACUCGAAUACAGACCCUAUUAUUACAGAUUAUAUUUUAGUAUUGCCAUGGCAAAAGUAUACCCUUCGUUUGUCAAUAUUAAUCAUGUACUUGUCUAUAGUCUUAAAUGACUUGCAUGAUUAGGUGGAAGGCAAGUUACAUUAAUGUACUUAAUUUGUAAGAUAGAGAAUAACUGUUGCCAAAGAAGGUGGGCUGAUGUUGAUAAAAGGUUUGAUAAAUAAAGGAAUUUUGACAA